AUGCUGCUUGAUCGAUGGAUCCCGUCGCCGCCGGCGAAUUUCUUGACUACUGUGGAUGUAUGGGUUCGAAUCAGUAGAAUCCCAGUGAAUCACUAUCGUCUGGAGACAAUGGACUUCUUAGCAUCCAAAGUGGGAAGAGUGAUUGAGAUCGCUUAUGACCCUAAAGCGUCCCAAAAAGAAGCGUACAUUCGGGCCCAAGUUCGACUGGAUAUAGCCAACCCAGCAAUCGCUAUUAAACCUUUAAAUCUACCAAAGGGGGGAAGAGUGAUCAUCGAAUAUGAAUAUGAGAAGUUGAGGAAACGUUGCUUUCAUUGUCAGCGCUUAACCCAUGAACGUCCAAGCUGUCCUUUCCUCAAAAACAGGGGACCGCUUCCAGCCAAUAAAGACGCUGUUAAAGAUUCACGUGUUAGGGAGAAAUCUGAUGCUAUUGGUGGAAGCUCGAAGCAGAUGCCUUUUCUGAUCGAACAUCCAGUAGUGCCUCCUGGGUUUGCUCCACUAUUCCCUGAGAUGCCUCAUAAAGAAAGAGACAUGGCCUUGCAGUACAUUUCACAUAGUGAUCCAACGGAGAGACAGGCCAGAAUCACUAGAGUGCAACAAUCUUUGCAACCAGGGUUUGAAGACAAUCUGGGUAGUGCACCGCGCAUAUCUCAUGACAUUAAUAAAGGGAAGGGCCAUGUUUUCAACUUUCAAGAACAUGAUCGUCCAGGUAAACGAGUUGCAGUGACUAGAGAACGUUCAGCCUUCUUUGAGGCUGACUUGAAAUCUGUAAAGGAUCGGACAAGCUUCCCUUCUGACAACCUGGAAGUUUCUUCGUCUUCUUCUUCCCUCGGUCCAACGGUCUUUAGAGUGGGAACCUCUAUAGGUAACCUAUCUACCGGGGCUAAUGAGGCUGUUAAGAAAAGUCGUCGUAGACCUCAACGCUGGAAACGCAUAUGCAGUCAGCGCCCUUCAGGUCAGGCUCAGGAUUUAGACCAAACGGGCAAGAGAGACAGUCCAAUGGGUGAUGGAGAAGAAUCUACUGCGACUCUUGGUGGGAAUUAG